AUGCAUUUCUCCAAGGCUCUUGUCUGGGGCAUUUCCAUUGCCACCGUCACCGCGGCGGCUUUGCCCGCAGAUGAUACUGAGACAUCGGGCUUGACCUGCGAGUUCCGCGCCGGUGACUCAGCCUGUGCAGCUCAUUGCGCUGAAAAGGGCCAAAAGUUUCAGUCUUGUGCCCCUGAGUGCAAGUGUUCGGGUUCUUCUCUGUCGGACUCGCUCAAGAGACUCCUGAAGAGACAGAAAGGUAAGACCACUACCAGCAAGGCUGCUGCUGCAACCUCCAAGGCUGCCACAACCUCCAAGGCUGGUACUACUACCUCUAAGGCUGGUACUACUACCUCUAAGGCCGGAACAACUACUUCCAAGGCUGGCACCUCAAAGGCUGCUACGACAUCAAAGGCUGGUACCACCUCAAAGGCCGGCACCACAUCCAAGGCUGCCACCACUUCAAAGGCUGGCACUACAUCUAAGGCUGGUACCACUUCGAAGGCUGGCACCACCACUUCGAAGGCCGGCACCACCUCAAAGGCCGGCACCACAUCCAAGGCUGCCACCACAUCCAAGGCUGCCACCACUUCGAAGGCUGGUACUACUACCUCUAAGGCCGGAACAACUACUUCCAAGGCUGGCACCACCACUACCUCUAAAGCUAGCACUACCAGCACUACCACAUCCAAGGCUGGUACCACUACCUCCAAGGCUGGUACUACUACCUCCAAGGCUGGUACCACUACCUCCAAGGCUGAUACCACUACCUCCAAGGCCGGAACAACUACUUCCAAGGCUGGUACCACCACUACCUCUAAAGCUAGCACUACCAGCACCACCACAUCCAAGGCAUCUUCCACAUCCUCCACAUCCUCCACCUCCUCCACCUCGUCCAAGACCUCCACUUCCACCAGCUCCGCUUCAUCCUCCAAGGCGUCGACUACCUCAAGCGUAGCUUCAGUUCAGAAGGACACUACUUCGACCAGCUCCACCUCAUCCCAGAAAUCUUCCAGCGCCUCGUCCUCUGCCUCUACCUCAUCCGGAAAGUCUGACUCCUCUGAGAAGUCCACUUCCAAGGCUGAUGACGCCUCGUCAACAAAGGUCGCGGUUGACCCCGCUGGUGUUUCCACUACUUCCCAGGCCACUUCCGAUGCUGAGCCAACUGAUGACGACGAGGAGUCUACCAGUAAGCCCACUGAGGUUUCCACCAGUGCUGAAGACAGUGAGCCAACUGAUGAUGCUACCACCACUGCUUCUGAUGAGGAGGUAUCUGAGUCUUCCACCAAGCCCACUUCAACAUCCGAGGGUGUGGAUGAUGAGCCAACCACAACAUCGAAGGCAGAUGGCAAGACAACGACUGCUGUUGAUGAUGAAGAGUCUACCACAACAUCUAAGGUUGCCGAGAAGACAACCACUUCAGAAGACGUUGACGACGAGACUACCUCAGCCGAUGCUGAAGAGCCAACCACAACCUCAAAGGCUGCUGACAAGUCAACUACCUCUGAGGCUGUUGAUGAGGAAACCACUUCAGCAGAUGUUGGCGAGCCUACCACAACCUCCAAGGCUGUCGAGAUGACAACCACCUCUGAUGAUGUUGAUGAGUCCACUACUACCUCUGAGACCGUUGAUGAGGAGACCACUUCAGCCGAUGUAGAUGAGCCUACCACAACUUCCAAGGCUGCCGAGAAGUCAACUACCUCUGACGCUGUCGACGAUGAGCCCACUACCACCUCUGAAGACAUUGAUGAGCCCACUACUGCUUCUGAGACCGUUGAUGAUGAGACUACAUCCGCCGAUGUAAAUGAGCCCACCACCACCGCCGAUGAGCCCGAUGAUGAGACUACCACCUUCAUCGACCCCGUGACCAAAAAGGCUUCUACAACUGAGGACCCUGUUGAUGAGCCUACAACAACUGCUGACGUUGAUGACGAGACCACUACAUCCGCAGUUGACGAUGAGCCUACCACCACUGAGACUGACGAUGAGCCCACAACAACUGAUGUUGACGACGAGCCUACCACAACCUCAAAGGCAGCUGAAGAGAAGAGCACCUCCGAGGACCCUGUUGACGAGCCCACUACCACCUCCAAGGCUGGUAAUGACAAGACUACAUCUGAAUCCGUCGAUGAGCCCACCACUACCUCUGACGUUGACGAAGAGCCAACCACCAGCUCCAAGGCUGACGAGAAGACCACCACUGAGGAUACUGUUGAUGAGCCUACUACAACUUCUGAGGAUGUUGACGAGCCCACCACCAGCUCCAAAGCCGGCGAGAAGACAACUACUUCUGAGGAUGUCGAUGAGCCUACUACAACUUCCAAAGCGGACGAGAAGUCCACCUCUGAGGAUCCCGUUGACGAGCCCACUACUACCUCCAAGGCUGACGAAAAGACUACUUCUGAGGAUCCUGUCGACGAGCCUACUACAACUUCCAAGGCCGAUGAAAAGACAACGACCUCUGAGGAUGUUGACGAGCCAACCACCACCUCCAAGGCUGAUGAGAAGACCACAUCUGAUAUUACCAUUGAUGAGCCCGUUACCAAGGUUGUCUCUACUUCUUCUGAUGCGGAUGAGCCGUCCACUACUUCCAAGGCAGCAGAUGAGAAGACUACCUCCAAGGAUACUGUUGAAGAGUCUACUACUUCGUCUGAGACACCCGAGGAGAAGACUACAACUUCUGCUGAUGUGGUCGAUGAGCCUACCACUACUGCCAAAUCCGCCGCCGAGUCUACUACAUCUGCAGAUGAGGAGACCUCCAGUGAAGCAAGCGCCCCCACGACUCUCGUGACACUAACCAAGACAACAUCUCAGGUCGCGGAUGAGGAGACAACUUCUUCUGCCGAUGAGAAGACCACCUCGGCUGAUGUCGAUACCAAGUCUACUUCGACCUCUGCUGCCGCGGAUGAGGAGACUACUACUUCCAAGGCUACCGAGGAGAAGCCAACAUCUUCUGAAGCCGUUGAUGAGGAGACUUCCACCACCUCGGAGAGCAAGGCUGCUUCCACCUCCGCUGCCGAUGAGCCCUCUUCAACCCCUUCGGCUGCUGCUGAUAAAACUACUUCUUCUGUUGCUGACGAGGAGACAUCUACCGCUUCUGUGGCCAAGGUCUCUUCUACCUCUGCCGAUGAGGAGUCUUCCACGACUUCAGCUGCUGCUGGUAAGACUACUUCUUCUGCUGCUGAUGAGGAGACUUCUACUGCAUCAGAGAGCAAGACUGCUUCUAGCUCUGCUGUCGAUGAGCCUUCUUCUACCCCCUCGGCUGCUGGUAGUGCCUCCACAUCCGCUGCUGCUAAAGAGACAUCUACGGCCUCUGAGGUCAAGGCCUCUUCCACCUCUGCUGAGGAGGAGUCUUCCACGACUUCGGCUGCUACUGAUAAGACUACUUCAUCUGUCGCUGACGAGGAAACCUCUUCCGCCUCUGAGAGCAAGGCUGCUACUAGCUCCGCUGCUGACAAGACUACAUCAUCAGCUGCUGAUAAAGAAUCUUCCACUACUGCAGCUGGUGCUUCCACCACAUCAGCUGCUGCCGCUGCUUCCACCACGUCAUCUACUGCUGAUAAGACUACAUCAUCUGCCGCUGAGGCUGAGUCUUCUACAUCUGCCGCUGCCGCUGCUUCCACCACAUCAGCUGCUGCUGCCGAGGAAGAGUCUUCUACUACCUCGGCUGCUGCCUCCACCACAUCAUCUGCUGCUGCAGUAUCAACUACCUCAUCUGUCGCUGAAGAGAAGGCUUCUUCAUCUUCAGCUGCUGCCGCUGCUUCCACAACUUCAUCUGCUGCCGCUGCUUCCACUACAUCAGCUGCUGCCGCUGCUUCCACCACAUCAGCUGCUGCCGCUGCUUCCACCACAUCAGCUGCUGCCGCUGCUUCCACCACAUCAGCUGCUGCCGCUGCUUCCACCACAUCAGCUGCUGCCGCUGCUUCCACCACAUCAGCUGCUGCCGCUGCUUCCACCACGUCAUCUACUGCUAAUAAGACUACAUCAUCUGCCGCUGAGGCUGAGUCUUCUACAUCUGCCGCUGCCGCUGCUUCAACUACCUCAUCUGCUGCUGCUGCCUCCACCACUUCAUCUGCUGCAGAGGAGACUACAGCCACUACUCUCUCAACCGUAGUCAAGUCCAGUGUGCCAACCACAAGCUCAGCUGCAGAGGGGACAUCUUCUGAGACACCUUCUACCUCAGAUAGCAAGCCAUCAACCACAUCCGCUGCUGCAGAGGCGUCCACUUCUGGCCCUGCGACAUCAUCUGCGGCGGACCCUCAGCCUACCACGAUGUCGACGGUGGUCAAGUCUGAUAGCGCGACUACCACGUCAGAGGAGCCAGCUGCUCAGAGCUAA